AUGUCUUUAUCAGAUCCUGACAGCGAUACCGUCUUGGUUGGUGCAGAAGACGUUCAAGGUUUUGACUCUGACAAAAUAACCCCACUAUCGGCGAGCGAACUUGACAAAAUCACCAAAUGGCUUCAGCCAACUCCAUAUGACUUUGAAAGAGGCGAAUACUCUAGACAUAGUGCCUCACAUCUACUUGGGACUGGUACUUGGCUCACAUCAACCCAAGUCUGGCAGCAGUGGCACUCUGGCGAUAAUGGAUUGUUGUGGGUCAAAGGCAUACCAGGCUCCGGCAAAUGUCCCGGUGGUCUACUUCUUCUUCCGACAGAUAUCGAAGCUAAUCAUAAGCCCAUUGUUGCGUUGCGAGAUUGGCUGUGUCAAGUUCUGAACUACAGCCCUCCGCUACAAGUCAAACUUCAGAAUUACGUUGAUCGAGAUCUAUCUCUUGAGAGUCUGUCAUCGGUUGAUCUAUGGAACUACCUAAUGGUGGCAUUGCAAGACUUCCCCAAGGCCUAUUGUGUCACUGAUGCUUUGGAUGAGAUGGAUCUAGGACAUGAUGACUUUUUGAAGAGCUUAGUUGAUCUAGGCCGAUGGCGCCCGAAAAAUGUCAAGGUUUUAAUGACCUCGCGCCCAAUAGCCCGCUUGGAGACGUCUUUAAGAUCUUUUGGUAUCCCUCAAAUUCGAUUAGAAGAAAGACUGGUGGAUCUUGAUAUUGCGGCAUAUGUUCAGUAUAAGCUUCGCGGCUCAUCCAUCGCCCAAGAAAAUUGGAGUGCCAUUCAAGAAGCGAUUCCCGGUCGGGCAAACGGGAUAUUCCUAUACGCGAAAAUGUCUAUGGAUGUUUUCCUCGAGCCUGGCGCAAAUGUGCAAGAGGCUCUCAACGCACUACCAACAGACCUCAACACGAUGUACAAUGAAAUGCUACGAGAGCAUGCUCAGCGAUCGAAUGUACCCUCUGAGCUCCAACUCCUGAUCCUUCAGUUUGUCACCCACGCCACACGCCCGCUACGACUCCUCGAAAUCGCUGAGAUGCUGAACAUACAAUCCAAAUGCAAUCAAACCCUGAAAGAAACCAAAGACCUGGUCAGAACCGCUUGCGGACCCCUUCUGGAAAUCUUGCCCGAUGAAACUGUAUCGGUCAUCCAUCACACCUUUACCGAAUUCCUAAAAGGCUACACCAGAUCCAGAUCCACAAAAAACUUCGAGUAUCCGAUCUUCGAAGUCGGUUCAACCAAUUUGCGCCUUGCUAUGGAAUGUUUGUGUUAUAUGCGGGCAGGAUGCCUCGAUAAAAUAGAGAUUACACUGCCAAUACCGAGCGAGAGCCAAAGCCGAUUUAGUGAUCGAAAGGAGAAGAAAAAACUCGAAGUACGAUUGCAGUUUCCCUUCUUAGAAUACGCUGCGAACAACUGGUACAAGCAUGCCCGCCUGGCGGAGGAAUCGGAUCAAAAUCUGGAAAUGUUCCAUGACGCUCUUGAUAUUUUCUUUACAGAGACGCACCGGUACACUGUGUGGUUGGAUCUGGCCUGGCCAGACUGGAAGAUUGACGGCGUUACACCCCUUCACGUCGCUGCUCAGACUGGUUUAUCUCAACUCGCAAAAUAUAUUCUGUCCAAGGGUGAAGUUGUUGACACAGAGUCUGCGAGUUUACCAAUAUACUGGGCAGCAUCAUACAAUCACGGAAGUGCUAUUCGGGUGCUCGUUGACCAUGGAGCUGACCCAGAUGCCGAACUAAGCGAAGGGCUGAAGCCAAUGCAUCUAGUCGCCAAAUCAAACCAUGUGGAUGCCGUCAAAGCCUUGCUCGCUGCUGGAGUCAGUCCAUUAACACCAAAGACACAGAACGACAAACCUUUGGGGGGAUGUGUCGCAGGUAGGCGUGGGCCUAAUACCAUAGGCCACACCCCCUUGAUGUAUGCGUGCCAUGCUGGUCAUUCGGAGACCGUUGCCGAGUUUGUUGAAUGCUUGGAGAAUGUGGAAGACAUACACAGAGCAUUACACUGGGCGGCCGAGAAAGGCCGAUCAAGCAUUGUGGAGCUAAUUUUACAACAACCAGGAGUUAAUGUCAAUGCCAGGGUGCAAGGCAGCACCGCGCUAUUCCUGGCUUGCAAGUGUGCAGAUCUUAAGACAAUCAAAGCCUUGAUCAAAGCUGGCGCAGAACCAAACAUGUUUUGUGAAACUCUUGAAACACACAUCAGAGGCAUACCCAUAUAUCGGUCUUCUACAGCGGACUUACCAAAAAGAACAUCUUGUUCCAACGAAAGGGGAUACACGGCGCUUCAUGCUCUGUGUACAAACUCCGUCUACGGAGAACAGGCGUCUAGUCAAGCCGCUGAAUGUGUGAAAGCUCUCUUCAAAGCUGGCUCUGAUGUUCAUGCAAAGGACCCAAGAGGCUUGACGGCUUUGCACUACGCAUAUAAGUCAUCGAUCAAAUGGAUGGGGCCUCUGCUGGAUGCAGGUGCUGAUCCUGCCGCAGAAGACGACAAUGGAGAGACAGCUCUCCAUUCCUCAUCCUCUGAAGGGAAUGAAGCUCUAUCACUGCUCCUGAAGAGUGGGAAAGUGGAUGUCAAUAAAUCCAGAGCACAGGAUGGAAUGACACCAUUGCUUUGUCACCUUGUAGACCAAAUGAGUGAUAACCAGAGAACUAUCGAAUUUCUAGCCUUCUGCAAGCCUGACGUGAAUGCCACGGAUUCGAAAGGAGACGGACCAUUACACCUGGCGUUGAGGUCGAUGCGUCCCACCAGCAAUCGUGAGCUUAUUGACAAGUUGCUGGCCGCAGGUGCCAACCCUAAUUUAAAAAACGUAGCGGGGAACACUCCAUUGCAUCAAACUAGCAAACAUAUCGACCAGGAAAUAAUCAGAGGUUUCCUUCGAGGCGAGGCAGAUCUUGAAGCAUGCAACAACAAGGGCCAGUCAGUUCUUCUUGCUCAGUUGUCACCGGGAAAUGGUUUCUCUGACGGACCAAAAAUUCUGGGCCACCUCGCUAGCGAGGGAGUGCGACUUGAUACUCGUGACAGCAAAGGCCGUACUCUGUGGCAUUAUUCCAUUAAGAGCCCAAACACAUUCUCGCUUCUCCAAAGCCUAGGAGUUGAUCCUUUGGUGUCAGAUAAUGAUGGCAACACACCGCUCCAUGAAGUUGUCACUGAUCAGUCAUUGAUUGGAAAGCGAGGAGUAUUGGAACAAUUGAUAGGAAUAGGUAUGAACAUUAACCAGCCCAAUCACCAAGGUCGAACCGUCUUGAACGCUGUCUGUUCAAGAGACUUGGCAGAUAAUAUUAGUAGAGACUCAGUUUACACAAUCCUUGACUACGUCCUCAAACAGUGCGAAUGUCUAACAGUCGGUGAUCACGAGGGUGUCCAGCCGCUACAUAUCUCUGCUACAAUCUCUGAACCUUUUGUUCAUCAACUUCUCAACGCUGGAGCCAAUCUUUGCGCAACUACUCUUGAUAAGAUGACAGUCCUUCAUCUUGCCGCGCGUGCACGUCAGUCCGGAAUCGUUGAUAUGAUAUUAUCCCGAGCCACGUCUCUUUCCAACAAAGCACGCCUAGAAUUUGUGAACAAUCAAGACAAAGACGGGCGAACUGCCCUUCAUUAUGCAUGCCGUUCCGGCCGUCCUGAAACCGUCAAAUCCUUGCUUGAGGCUGGAGCAGCCUGUGAUGUUCUUGACAUCCACAAGCACUCUCCACUUGCAAUGUGUGGGGAAUUCGAAAAGGAGGCCUCGCUUUGGGAUCGUCGUAUGCCCUCACCAGCUUCGCGACGUCGGCUGUCGAACAGAGGUGUCAAUGCAGCAGGUCUAACACUGAAAGAUAACAUGCGUCCAUUCUACGACCGAGCUGACGAUGAUAUGGACGCCACUUUCGGAAGAAUUAAUUCGGAGCAUGAUACAACACGACUACGCGAGAUCGUAAAUAUGCUGGUCGAACAUGGAGCCGAUCUCGAGAGUGAUCACAGUUCUCUGGGAAUCGCGUGGGAAAAUGCCGCAGAGCCUGGAUACGGAUAUACAGUCUCUUGUCUCCCACCCUUAUCGAAUCGUUCUUAUAUUGGACAGCACCCCCAGUCUGAAGAUCCCAAUCGAGAGCUGAAAAUAUCGAUCGCGGUAAGUUGCCGGAAUGCAAUGAAAGAUACCCUACAGAAGAGCGCCAAAUCAGAAGAUGGAAUAGAAAAAGGGUGGGGCCGGGAUCAUGCUACAUUUUUACGACAACGCUUAGGGGAGAAAGCUCUGGCUCUGAGAUAUUAUGCCCUUUUUGAAGAGCUUUCAGGAGGAGCAGAUAGCCUUUACGUUCCUGAUUAUGACGGAAAUAAAUCGCUGAAUAUUCUUGCUCAUUGGGGAUUCGUUGAAAUUCUCGACCGGUUGUGUACUCGAGAAAUAGCGACGCAACUUGACGGCGUUGACUGGACCUCCAAUCCAGACGAAAGCGAUCUCCAGCAAUGCAGUGAACCACUUGUCAUCUCUACCUGCAAAAGAAGACUUCCCAAUAUGGACGUUCUGAAAUUGGUUGUUGAAGACUAUGGAGCCAAUAUUAAUGCGAAAAGGACGGAACGCACGUUUCGAGGUGGGAGUCUCUGCCCAUCAUUUACCAACGGGGUUUUACAUAAUCUUGCUGUUGGAAAAUCCUGGUGGCACGUGGACAAAGCCUUGCCGUACUUGAUCCGAAUGGGAGCGGAUAUCAAUAUUCGAAACAGAGGUGGAGAGACACCCCUCAUCGUUGCGCUCAAAUCUUUUUACCCAUUUUCCAGCGAGGCAUCCGAAGCUCUCAUAAGAGCUGGUGCGGAUGUCAAUGCGGUUGACAAGGAUGGUAACACAUGUCUUUCAACCGCUGGGGACGAUAUGGGUAUCAUCAAACUCUUGACUGCACAUGGCGCUGAAGCCAGUCCGUCCGCUAUACUCUCUGCUCUGGAUCUGGCGAAGGUUGAGUUGCUAGAGAUUCUACUCUCUCGAACUGGAAGUUCAAUAUUAGGACGACCGCUUCCAAAAACAAUCUCCUACACAAUUGGAUCGGAUCAUUUCAAAACCCUCGAAGUUGGAACUUUGCCACUGUUAUACGCAGCUACGUCCCGCCCACGCAGUAAUGAUAUGACCAAGUUGAAGUUGGAUAUUGAAAUGAGGAAGCAAUUGGUAAACAUCCUUUUGAAGCAUGGAGCAGAUCCCUACGCUACCUUUGAUCAACAGCAGUACCAAGAUAGGUACAGAGAUUUCAACAAGGAGCCCAAGGACUAUCCAGUCACAACCGCGACUAUAAUUCACGAGCUUUUAAGUGGUGGCCACAUUGUUGACCCAUUCUUCAACCUGAACUCCUUGGAUAUAGAGCGCCGUGACGAUAAUGGCUGCACCUUGAUAUUAGCCGCAUCUAAGAAUGACGGGCAAAAUUCCCACUUCAGAAACACAAACCAAAAAUUAAAUACCACGGACUGCUUGCUAGAACUUAUCAAUCGUGGGGCAAAUGUCAUGGCUCAAGACAACGAGGGGAGAACGAUCCUGCAUCACAUCGCAAGCCUGAACGAUGCAACGUCCUUCAUAGAGGCCAUCCAGACCGCUUUGACGGCUAGCGCAAGCCUCAUACACCAGACCGACAACAACAACGAGACGGCUCUUCAUUAUGCCCUACGUCGCAGCCUUCAUGGGUCGAUUGGAUUUCUUCUGGACAAUGGAGCAGAUCCCCUCCAACCGGAUAAAAACGGAGAUACGGCCCUCCACCACUUUGCCAAUUUGAACUUCAAAUCGACCAAAGACCUAUUCGAAAGAGUCCUCAGAGCAGGUGCCAACAUAAAUGCGCGAAACAAAAUUGGAGAGACACCAAUCUUCAAUCUUCUGAAGCGGCAGAAUCAUACUCUAUAUGGGUCGGCAGAUGACCAGGCGUAUAGAGACAUCGGAUUCGAGUUCUUCCUGGAAUGUGGGGCUGAUGUUUUUGUCCGAAGUAAUGACGGGUCUACCCUGCUCCAUCUCCUCGCUGGAAUUAAAUUGGACCUCGGAUAUAUGUUUCAGUCUUAUCACUCAGAUUCUGGACACGCGGGAGUCGGACUAUUCAAGCGGUUGAUGGACAUGGGGUUAGACCCUAUGACUGAGGACAAAAGAGAGCGUACUAGUAUUGACGUCGCAGCUGCGUGUGAGAACGAGCUUAUUUUGAAACUGUUCAAGAGGGAGCCUUUGAAAUGA